AUGAAACCCUGUCCCAGUGUCCUACGUGCCUUGGCAAAGCUCGACACCGCCGACGCGCCGCCGUCGCUCCGUGUCGUCUUCCCAGGCAACACCGCCGUCUCCCGCUCUGGCAUCCAGCUGCCCAAGCUCGCUGCCAAGGACACGCCAGCCUUAUCCGUAUCGACCUCGCUCGCGCAGCCCCGCGAGGGGGGUCACAAGUACAUUGCCGUUUGCAUCGACCUCGACGCCCCCUUUCCGUCCUUUUCUAUCCUCGGCCCCAUCAUCCACUGGAUCCAGACAGACCUCGUGGCAGCCGCCGCCGCCGACGAUGACGGCUUCACAAGACUCGAAACGAGCGCACGGCCUGCUGUGCCAUAUGCGCCCCCGGGCCCGCCGCCGCCCUCGGGACCGCAUCGCUACGUUUUCAUGCUCUGGGAACAGCCUGCAUCGCUGACCGGUGCGGAUGAGGUCUCGCGUGUCUUUUCGCUGCCGGCUGAGCCUGGCCUGACAGCGCGUAUCCGCUGGGACCAUGGGGCGUUUGAGGAAAAGAUGGGACUCGGGGAGCCGCUGGCGGUCAAUUAUUUCGUGGCCGACUCGAGAUAA